GCCUCUAGCUGUCCAGAACUCCUGGCACCGCAGAGAUUCUCAUACCUCUCGCUCAGCUCACACACAAAAAAAAUCACAAACAUCUCGGACUAACACCACAAGCAAAAUUCACCCACACAAACAACCGAAACUCGCCCUAAAGAAGACCGAAACCAACUCAUCGAACGAAGAUAUCAAUCAAGAAACAACAACAGUGGUUCCCAAAGUGUGCUGAUAAGAAAAUUUCCCCCUUAUUUCUCCGUGUCAAAGAAAGUCAAAUUCACAUCGAAAUGGAGUCCCUGUUCGCCGUGAGCGCCUCCACCUCCCUCCUGCUGUGCGCCGCCGUCGUGGUGGUCGCCCUGUUCCUGGCCGACCGUGCGCGCCAGGCGCGCGCCGCCGCCAAGGCGAAGCUCCUCGAGGCGGAGUACGGCGACGAGCUGCAGCCGCCACCGGGCCCCCACGCCUGGCCCGUCAUCGGCAACCUCCACCUGCUGGCCGGGUACGCCGUGCCCUACCAGGCGUUCGGCGACCUGGCCCAGCGCUACGGCAGCGUGUUCAAGCUGAGCCUCGGCAGCGUGCCCUGCGUCGUCGUCAACGGCCUGGCCAACAUCAAGGAGGUCCUCGUCGCCAAGGGCGCCCAGUUCGACGGCCGCCCCAACUUCCGCCGCUACCACGAGCUCUUCUGCGGCGACAAGGAGAACUCGCUGGCGUUCUGCGACUGGUCCUCGGUGCAGAAGGCGCGUCGCGAGAUGCUGCGCGCGCACACCUUCCCGCGCGCCAUGUCCUCGCGCUGGACGCAGCUGGACUCGCUGCUGGCCACCGAGUUGGACGCGGUGCGCGGCUCGCUGGCCGCGGCCGGCCCCGGCGCCGCCGUCGAGGCCAAGCCCCUGCUGCUCGCCGCCUGCGCCAACGUCUUCACGUCCUACUUCUGCACCAAGCGCUUCCAGCCCGACAACGCCAACUUCCAGAACCUCGUGCGCAACUUCGACCGCAUCUUCUACGAGGUGAACCAGGGCUACGCCGCCGACUUCCUUCCCUGGCUGCUGCCCCUGCACUCCCGCCACCUGUCCCAGCUGUCCGGCUGGAGCCACAAGAUCCGCGACUUCAUGACGGAGUGCAUCGUCCAGGACCGCCUGGACUCGUGGGAGCAGGCGCGCGUCCCGGAGCACGACCAGGACUACGUGGACGAGCUGAUCGGCCACGUGCGCGGCAACGCCGAGCCCGCCAUGACCUGGGACACGGCCAUGUUCGCGCUGGAGGACAUCGUGGGCGGCCACUCGGCCGUCGGCAACCUGCUGGUCAAGGUGCUGGCGUACGUGGCGACCCACCCCGAGGUCCAGGACCGCGUCCACGAGGAGGCCGUGCGCGCCGGCGUGUCGCCCGGCAAGGGCGUCACCCUGGCGGACCGCACGCUCAUGCCGUACACCGAGGGCGUCAUCCUGGAGUCAAUCCGCCUGAUCGCGUCGCCCAUCGUGCCGCACGUCGCCAACCAGGACGCCAGCAUUGCCGGACACAAAGUGGAGAAGGACACCCUCAUCUUCCUCAACAACUACGAGCUCAACAUGUCACCUGCGCUGUGGGACAAGCCCGAGGACUUCAUGCCCGAGCGCUUCGUGUCCCCCGAGGGCCGCCUGUCCAAGCCCGAGCACUUCCUGCCCUUCGGCGGCGGCCGCCGGUCCUGCAUGGGCUACAAGAUGGUGCAGUACGUGUCCUUCGCCACGGUCGCCAACCUCCUCAACGAGUACAGAAUCCUACCAGUGCAGGGCCGCGACUACACCGUGCCCAUCGGCAACCUCGCCCUGCCCUGGGACUCGUUCCAGUUCCACUUCGAGCGGCGGUAGUUCCGUUUAGGCCUUUAUUUAAUGCAAAUUCAAAUAGCGAGGAGGGGAAUUAAUUUAUGAAUUGAGGGGAGAAGGACUUCUUCGGAGAAGUUCGCCAUGCCACAGAAGUACUGGUCUUUUUCCUUUUUUAAUUUUCACAUCAGUGUUAUUUUCCAUGAUUUGAAUUAAUCACUGGCAGCCAGGUUGCCCGCGAGUAACGAAUUUAACCGGUGUAUAAUCAAACACAAUUGGCGACUGGUCUGUAUAAGUUCGCGCCAGUCAUUAUUAUUUCGUUUUGUUUCCUUCAGUUGAAGUUGUUAUUUAUUUCUCGUAAACAGUUGGGCUGCGACAGGAUGAAGUCUCUGCCUUGCAGUGUGGAGAGGCCUUUUGAAAAAGUGUCAUGAAAAAUUGGUUCAAAUGUUUAUCCAUUAUGGGCAAAAAAAUAUCUAUACAGAAGCAAAAGUUGGGGCUAAAAAAAAAUAAUUUGUUUUGGUAGGGAGGGGAAGGGAGGGACUCUUGGGCGCUAUCAGGCGUUCUCAAGCUCUUUUUUAAUCGGAAGGUUCCGUCAAAUUUCAGACAACCUUUAUGUUGUCCUACUCAACCCGAAGGGGAACCAGCUUCGGCUUUUUCGGCACGAGGUCAAAAUUCGACAUGCGUAGUGGAAUGGCAUGUACCGGACUGACAAGGGGAGACGGUAGGGUCGUAAUUUGAAAGGCCCGAAGUCGGUGGUAAAUGGUAUCGAUCCCCGAUUGACUGAAUAAGACAUUCUUGGACUGCUUGUUGAGGCUGACAACGAUUGCCAAAGAUAAUGACCAUCUGGACGUUGAGAAAGUAUCGGAAAUAAUGUUGUAAAUUAAAAAUUUAUGCUCUCACAACUCCAGUUUUUUUUUUUGUAAAAGGUAUUUUUCAUUGAUGUUCUGUUGAGCAAGUGACGCGUCAAACGAGAACAAGCGUGCCACAGACCGUGCACACAAUCGAGUCUUUUUUUAUAUCUCGUAACAUAUUAGUAUUUAUUUUGAAAUCGCUGUUGGACUUAUAACGGCGUAUCAAUCUGACAAGCAACAAAAGGCAGGAACUGAAUUGAGCCUUUACGGAAAAGUUGAAUUAAAGUCAAACAGCUCCAUCAAUAUUUUAGUGAAAAACAAAAUGAUUCUUUCCUUGUUUGUAGAUUUCCGACAACAACUUGUUUUGGCUCAUUGUAACAAAACUCUCAUUUUAAGAAAGGUUUGAAAUGAAAAUUCUCUGUUUUGCAACUCCGCUGGAGUUUUGCGUGUAUCAAUACACGGAGUGCUUCCUUCAGAGCAUUAUGACUACAUGUGACGGAGGUCCGUCGGCCUCGCAAACCAUAUUGCGCUACGAAUAAAGAUAUUGAAUAUA